AAGCAUUCACACCAACACCACACGCCCUGAGACGAUACCCUGCGACCACCGCUGAAGCGACGUACUCAUCAGUCAGGAUGACUGCUGAAGCUGGCCCAUCCUCUCUCCCAGCGAAUCCGCCUCGGCCGAUCGUACCCAGUGUUCUACGGCAGCACUUUGCCGCCUACCAACGAUCUCCAUGUGCACCCACGCCCACGCCCACGCCAGCGGCCCGGUCCUCCUUUGUAGCUCCUUCCAUCUUUGAAGGAUGGCUUGGUGGGUCCUCGACUGGCGCGAGCUCAGCAGAGGCAGAAUCAAAAGCACAGCAGCAGAGGACCGUCGUGGGAGCAGGGUCUGUACCCAGUGACAGUGUCUGGCAGGACCAUCCUGAGACGCAGGAGGAGGCAAGACAUCGUGAGAGGUGCGAAAAGUGGGCAGAUCAAUUGUUCAAGACAAGUCCAAUGAUCCGCUUCAUGACCCGUCACCUCAUCCUCGUCUCAUGCGAUCCACUAGCGCCCCUCACCUCCAAGAACGACCUACCUCGGCUGACCAUUGCCUCCUGCCCACCCACAAUGGCCGGCGGCUUCUCCCCUUCCGCACCUGGCGCCCCUCUAAGUGAUUCGGGGAUCAUGCUCUGUGCGAAUCGGAUGAUGAGCAAGGACCAUUUAGAGGAUACACUGGCUCAUGAAAUGGUCCAUUGGUGGGAUCAUUGCAGAUUCAAGGUGGACUGGAGCGAUUUGAGACAGCAUGCUUGUUCCGAGAUCCGCGCAAGUUCCCUCUCUGGCGACUGCAACUUUUCCCGUGAGCGGGGUCGACGCAAUUGGGGUCUGACCAAGCAGCACCAGGCCUGUACUCGCCGAAGGGCAGUGUUGUCGGUAAUGGCAAACGAAAAGUGCACGGGAGGAAAGGAACAGGCGGAGAGGGUGGUGGAUGAAGUGUGGAAUAGCUGUUUUAGCGAUACGAGGCCUUUUGAUGAGAUCUAUUGAAGCGGGGUGGACAGCCUUCGGUUGCUGAGUCUUUACCCUAGUAGAUGAGAGAAAUGUAUUUGUACAAACGAGAAAGAGAUUAGACCAGUGACGAACAUGACAAGGAAGGCAGGGCGGCAUGCAGGCAAGCGAGCGAGCAGGCAGAUCGCAUGAUGGGGCGCACACCUCUGCUCAGCCAAAGAACUUGGAGUAGAGGAUCAGCAGGAUCAGGA